GGUCUUGGAAACUCUCAGAGGGAAUAUGAAAGGCAGGUAGUACUCUACAGCAUCCGCAAUCAGUUACGAUACCGGAAUAACUUAGUUAAGCAUGUCAAGAAAGACGAACGUAAAUAUUAUGAGGAUCUGUUAAAAUACAGUCGAGAUCAUCUCAUGUUGUACCCUUAUCAUUUGUCUGACAUCAUGGUAAAAGGUCUGAGGGUAACACCGUUUUCGUAUUACACAGGCAUAAUGGAGGAUAUAAUGAACAGUGAAAAGAGCUAUGAUUCAUUACCCAACUUCACUGCUGCUGAUUGUCUAAGACUUCUUGGUAUAGGAAGAAACCAGUAUAUAGAUCUAAUGAACCAAUGUAGGUCUUCAAAAAAAUUUUUCAGAAGGAAAACUGCUCAUGAUCUGUUACCUGUGAAACCUGUCGAGAUUGCUAUAGAAGCAUGGUGGGUUGUACAGUCUGGCUACAUCACUGAGGAUGACAUCAAGAUUUGUACUACAUCAGAGAAGUCUGCUGUUGACAAGAUAAUUGAUUCAGGUCCUCAACUUGCUGGUUCAUUAGACUUCAAUGUAGUUCAUAGUUUGUAUAACAAAGGAUUUAUUUACCUUGAUGUACCAAUAUCUGAUGACAGCUGUAUAGCAGUGCCACCACUUGAAGGUUUUGUGAUGAACAGAGUGCAAGGUGAUUACUUUGAGACACUGCUGUACAAGAUAUUUGUUUCAAUAGAUGAACACACUAAUGUGGCAGAGCUUGCAAAUGUCCUAGAGAUUGACUUAUCUUUAGUAAAGAACGCUGUGUCCAUGUAUUGUCGGUUAGGCUUUGCUCAUAAAAAAGGGCAAGUAAUAAACCUGGAUAAUCUUCAUCCAUCAUGGAAGAAUGUUCCUUCGGUAAACAGACUGAAGAGUACUUUGGACCCUCAAAAGAUGCUGCUUUCAUGGGACAGUGGGGAAAACAGAAGUCCUAUACAGGAAGCUGGGUCAUCAGCCACAGAUACAGAUACCAACAGUCAAGAUGAUCCAGCUGAAACAACCAGCGAGAGCAGCCUGAAUCUGUCUAGUGGACACACAAAGCGUAUUGCCUUCCUGUUUGAUUCUACUCUCACUGCCUUUUUAAUGAUGGGAAAUCUGUCACCAAACUUGAAAAGUCAUGCAGUCACUAUGUUUGAAGUUGGGAAACUGUCAGAUGAGAGUCUUGACAGCUUCUUGGUGGAGCUGGAAAAGGUUCAGAGCACAGGUGAAGGGGAAGCACAGCGGUACUUCGAUCAUGCACUUACCUUGAGAAACACAAUACUGUUUUUGCGGCAUAAUAAAGACCUAGGGGCACAAGCUGUACAGCCUGAUCAACCAAAUAAUGGGUUUCCCUUGGACCUCUUACGAUGUGAGAGUUUGCUCGGCUUGGAUCCAGCUACCUGCAGCAGAGUUCUCAACAAAAAUUACACUCUACUGGUUUCCAUGGCACCACUCACCAAUGAAAUUCGACCUAUUAGCAGUUGUACACCCCAGCAUAUUGGACCUGCAAUACCAGAAGUCAGUUCAGUUUGGUUCAAACUGUAUAUUUACCAUAUAACUGGACAAGGACCACCCUCUCUGUUGCUCUCUAAAGGAACACGUCUCCGGAAACUUCCAGACAUUUUUCAGGGUUAUGAUCGCUUACUAAUAACGUCUUGGGGUCAUGAUCCAGGAGUAGUUCCCACUUCAAAUGUGCUCACAAUGUUGAACGAUGCUUUAACACAUUCUGCUGUUCUUAUUCAGGGACAUGGCAUGCAUGGAAUGGGAGAAACAAUGCAUAUACCUUUCCCGUUCGAUGAAGUUGAGCAGCAGGGAGACUUCUCUCGUGUGAACAUGGGCAUUCAUACGGCUUUAAAAAUACUGAGAAACAAAGUAGACUUGCAGCAUUUUUGUGGCUAUGUCACCAUGUUGAAUCCUUCAAGUCGGCAUGCUAACAGAAAGCUGAGUGAUGCUUCUGACGGAAGAGCAGAGGCUGAACUAGCGUCAGGAUCUGAUGUAAAUGGGAGCACAGAAUCAUUUGAGAUGGUAAUAGAAGAAACUCCACUGGAUUCUGCGGUAAAGCAAAGCCUUGAAGUGCCCACAACAGAACUGGAAUGGGUUCCCCUGGAAUUAUGCUUUGGCAUCCCGCUCUUCAGCUCUGAGUUGAAUCAGAAAGUCUGCAGAAAAAUUGCCACUCAUGGAUUAUGUAGAAAAGAAAGCCUUCAAAAACUCUUACAUUCCAGUAGAAAGCUGUCUCUUCAGGUCCUUAAUUUUGUUCAUUCAUUCCAGGAAGGUAUUUCAACACUGGAUCAGCUCCAUGAUGCUGGUUCUUCAAGUUCACUUUUGCAGCCUAUUUCUGCAGAUAUGGGUGUUCCACUUCCUGCCAAGAAUCUCAUCUUCAAAGAAGGUGUAUUAUCUGAGUGGAACGGAUGGUCCCCUUCCUCAGUUUUUUUCAGCCACACCUAA